AUGGUUUCUGUCCAACAGCAGCAUCAACAGCAGCAGCAAGAGCCAUUACCAUUAGGCUCAGAAAACCAGGCCUCGUCGUCAUCCUCCUCAACACCUGAAGAUUCAGUGUGUAAAGAGGAACCUCAAAAGGAAGCUGAAUCAGUGAUUCUAAGUAAUACUGAAAUUAGUGAAGAGGGACCUCCUGCUGUGGCCAGCAGCCUCACUGCAACUGUGAAGCCAAAUGAGCAGCCACAAUUACCAAAAGAUGAAGAAAGAAGUGAAGAAGACAGAGAAGAUGAGGAAGAUGAUGAAGAUGAUGAUGAUAAUGAUGAACUCCCAGUUGAGAAAACGGUGAAGAGUCAAGUCUACAAGCCAGAUGUUUUCAGCAAAAAGAUUGUUUGUAAGGUAGAGGACAACCGAGAGCGGGACAGUAAAGAAAGCAGUUCAGUGUCCCAUUCACCUGAUACAAAAACAGUUGUUGAUCAUAGGGAAUCAUCUUCAUCAUCUUCAUCUUCAUCAUUGUACAAGCAGAAUGGAACUAGGGAGCCUGUCACUAUUUCCGUUCCAAAGUCUUCUUACAAGACCAACGCACACCAUUCGCCUGACUACAAGGAGAAACAAGGAAAUUCUCACAAGAGUUCAAGUGAAUCCAAAGACAAGAAAAACUUUUCUGGUGUGAACCGUCUUUUGAAUGGAGUUGCGGCCGAAACAUUGAAGCAUAGCAGUCAGAGCAGUUCCUCAAAGAGCAGCUACUCCGAACAUAAGGUGUCAUUUACCAAUGCUAAGUCACCUCUGAAACUACGAAUCACAAGCAAGUGUCUGGACAGCAGUGGGGAUAAGAUAGAACCGCCGACGUAUGUGAUAACUCCAGUGUCUGAUUCCCAUCGCCGUCAUUCCCCUGCUAGCCGUCCCAGUAGUCGUAGCAGUUCAGAGUCUGCUAGCCCAAACAGUGAGGAACCCCCUCCAAACACCUGCACAUUGAAGAUCAGCUCAGCGAUUCUGAAUCGUCAGGGCAGUCUGAAGAACACAGACUAUACAAAGUUGGGCUCACCGCAGUCAAGUUCCGAUUCGCGAUACAGCCCUUUCUCCGAGUACUCCUCGGAAACAACGUCUAGCAAAAGCUCCAAAAGCUACUGCUGCAAGCGAUCAAUUCAGUCAAAAGAUUCUUCAAGCCAGUCCACUCACAGAGAUCUGAGUCCACAUCGGACUGGAUCUUCUGGAUCGAGUGGAGGCUCCAGAAGUAAACGACGAAAAGACUCACAUGAGUCUCCCAAAAAGAAAUGGCAAUUGCAACAACAAAUGGAAACGGGGAGCAACCUUGAUGCAUUGGCCAAAUAUGCAUCAUAUGAGGUUGAGCGCAACCGUCUGAAACGGAGGAAGAGCCCAGAGAGUGAGUCGCGGCGAAAACACUCACGUAAGGAGAGCAUUCAGAUAGAUGAGGAACGUAUCCGGCCAAGGAUUACCACAUCUCUGAUCAAUGGACCACGCACCCCUCCUGGCACCCCUCCAUCAGACAUUGGGCAAGAUGGAAACACACCUCCCGAUUCCCCUGAUCCUAUGGACAGUUCUCAUUCUUGGACUGGAGUCUGGAAGAGUAGCCCCAGUCUUUCCGACAAAGAGAAAGUCAGCUACACGUCUCACCACAGUAUGGACAUCAAUCAGGAACAUCGACUAUCAUCAGAACGUAAAUCAAGUCCAUCAUCGCUUGGCGACAGCUUGGACCCAUCUAAAUCCUGUAAUACUGUCCUGGAUGAAUGUGGCAAGUCGUCUAGCUCGGGCCAGCACUCGGACCACUACUCUUCAACUGGUCUACAACACAAUAUGUCCAACUACUCCUUGGACAAAAAAAAUCAGAUUAUUGAAUAUUUAAUUUCUUGUGUCAAAUUCUUUUUUUCUUUUUCUUUUUUCCUUUUUUUCCUUUUUCCUUUUUUUCCUUUUUCCUUUUUUUCCUUUUUCCUUUUUUUCCUUUUUUUCCUUUUUUUUUUCCUUUUUCCUUUUUUUCCUUUUUCCUUUUUUCCUUUUUCCUUUUUUUCCUUUUUUUCCUUUUUUCCUUUUUUCCUUUUUUCCUUUUUCUCCUUUUUUUUUUUUCCUUUUUUUCCUUUUUCUCCUUUUUUUCCUUUUUCUCCCUUUUUUCCUUUUCCUUUUUUCCUUUUCCUUUUUUCCUUUUCCUUUUUUCCUUUUCCUUUUUUCCUUUUUCUCUCUUUCCUUUUCUCUUUUUUUUCUCUCUUUCCUUUUCUCUCUUUCCUUUUUCUCUCUUUCCUUUUCUCUCUUUCCUUUUCUCUCUUUCCUUUUUCUCUUUUCCUUUUCUCUCUUUCCUUUUUUUCUCUCUUUCCUUUUUUCUCUCUUUCCUUUUUCUCUCUUUCCUUUUUCUCUCUUUCCUUUUUCUCUCUUUCCUUUUUCUCUCUUUCCUUUUUCUCUCUUUCCUUUUUCUCUCUUUCCUUUUUCUCUCUUUCCUUUUUCUCUCUUUCCUUUUUCUCUCUUUCCUUUUUCCUCUUUCCUUUUUCCUCUUUCCUUUUUCCUCUUUCCUUUUCUCUCUUUCCUUUUUUCUCUCUUUCCUUUUCUCUCUUUCCUUUUCUCUCUUUCCUUUUCUCUCUUUCCUUUUCUCUCUUUCCUUUUCUCUCUUUCCUUUUCUCUCUUUCCUUUUCUCUCUUUCCUUUUCUCUCUUUCCUUUUCUCUCUUUCCUUUUCUCUCUUUCCUUUUUCUCUCUUUCCUUUUUCUCUCUUUCCUUUUUCUCUCUUUUUUUUUUCUCUCUUUUUUUUUUCUCUCUUUUUUCUCUCUUUUUUUUUUUCUCUCUUUUUUUCUCUCUUUUUUUUCUCUCUUUUUUUUUUCUCUUUUUUUUCUCUCUUUUUUUUCUCUUUUUUUUUCUCUCUUUUUUUUCUCUUUUUUUUCUCUCUUUUUUUUUUCUCUCUUUUUUUUUUUUCUCUCUUUUUUUUCUCUUUUUUUCUUUUUUUUUUCUUUUUUUUUUUUUUUUUUUUUUUUUUUUUUUUUUUUUUUUUUUUUUUUUUUUCUCUUUUUUUUCUCUUUUUUUUUUUCUCUCUUUUUUUUUCUCUCUUUUUUUUUCUCUCUUUUUUUUCUUUUUUUUCUUUUUUUUUUUUUUUCUUCCUCUCUCUCUUUUUUUUUCUCUCUGUGAGAUAG